UCACACGCGCUGCAGAAGUUGACAGAAACAUUUAUCAGCGAAAAUCGAUAUUUAGCUCUAGUUUAACAUAAUGGAUGCAGAAGAGCUAGCCAAUGGCACCAAAGACCAGUGCGUAUCGAUCCAUACCGCGAGUAUAUCGAAAUGGAAGGUAUUAUGGGUCAUGGACACUUUUAAUAAACAUCGCAGUGGUGACGAGUCGAUGGGCACCUGCCAACCAGACAAGGAUUUAAUCAAUGACUGAGUAAAUCACGGCCGAAAUCGGCAAGAGCGACGGUCGCAAUGUACUUCUGAUAGUCAGGUUCCAGGCAUAUCUUCUUACAUUCUGUAAUUUAUCUGCAAAAUGGAAUUAAGAAGUAUUUUGGUGGUUGCUAUUUUACUAUCUCUGCAAAUAUGUGAGAGCAUGAAAAAUAAGACUCUUACCAUUGGGGCCAUUUUCCCGAUGUCCGGAAGCUGGGCCGGAGGAAAGGCUUGUCUUCCAGCUGUUGAGAUGGCCCAGGAAGAUGUGAAUGCAAGACAGGACAUUCUACCUGAAUACAAAUUGGACAUGAAAUAUAAUGACAGCAAGUGUAUGGGUGGCCUGGGCACGAAGGUCCUGUACCAGCUCCUGUAUGAGCCACCGACGAAGAUCCUUGUUCUCACUGGUUGCAGCAUCGUCUCCACCUUCGUGGCGCAGGCAGCAAAGAUGUGGAACCUGGUUGUGCUUGGCUAUGGUUCCAGUUCCCCAGCACUUUCCAAUCGUGAGAGGUUCCCGACUUUCUUCCGCACCCAUCCAUCAGCUACUCUCCAUAACCCAACGAGGGUGAAAGUAUUUCAGAAGUUUGGCUGGACCCGCAUAGCAACAAUUCAGCAAACUGAAGAGGUCUUCUCAUCUACGGUCAAAGAUUUGGAGGCAAGAGUGAAAGCUGCAGGCAUCAGCAUCGAUGUCCGACAGAGUUUUCUCACAGACCCUACUAACGCUGUUAGGACUCUGAAGCGUGGAGAUGCUCGGAUCAUCGUUGGCGUCUUUUAUGAAGACAUGGCCAGGAGGGUGUUUUGUCAGGUGUACAAGGAGGGUCUGUACGGCAAGAAGUACGUGUGGUUCAUCAUCGGCUGGUACCCUGACAACUGGUACAAGCAGGUGGACCCCAGCAUCAACUGUACAGCAGAGCAGAUGGAGGAGGCACUGGAGGGACAUUUCACCACUGAGGCCGUCAUCCUGCACCAGGAGCCCACCAUCACUGAAGUUGGACUGACUGCGAAAAACUUCACAGAGAGACUGAAUAAACGGCUGAAUGUAACGGAUACAAGCCAGGUCACCGGUUACCCAGAAGCCCCUCUGGCGUAUGAUGCUGUCUGGGCCAUGGCCUUCGCCCUGAACAAAACAGCAUCGAGGUUGGCAGAGAAGGGCAUGAAGCUGGAGGACUUUGACUACUACAACAAGAAGAUCACUAACGAGAUCUACUCCGCCAUGAACACCACCAAGUUCCUCGGAGUGUCGGGCAACGUGGCCUUCUCUUCCCAAGGAGACAGAAUAGCCUGGACACAGAUAGAGCAGAUGAUCAAUGGGACAUACUACAAGCUGGGCUACUAUGAUUCCAUGGCUGACAAUUUGACGUGGUUCGACAGGGAGAAAUGGAUAGGAGGAAAGUCGCCACCUGACCGGACAAAGGUCAUCGACCAUCUGCGUGUCGUGUCGAAGAUGUUAUACUUUGCGAUGUGCGCCCUUGCUGCUGUUGGCAUCAUCGUUGGGAGCGUCUGUCUCGCCUUCAACUACACCAACAGGCACAGACGGUGCGUGGCAUUGUCCCAGCCCAGCAUCAACAGUCUCACCGUGAUCGGCUGCAUGCUGUGUCUCUUCUGUAUCUUCCUCCUUGGACUUGAUGGGAAGUUUGUAUCAGCACAGAGCUAUCCUGUCAUUUGCCAGGUGGAGGCAUGGCUGCUGUCGGUGGGGUUCACGCUGGGAUACGGGAGCAUGUUCUCAAAGAUCUGGACAGUGCAUCAGCUCACAACGUCACGCAAGAAGGAUCGAAAAUCAGUAAAGAGCUGGGAGCUGUACAUUGUGGUGACCAUCCUGCUUCUGCUGGACAUCAGUGUGUUGGUGGCGUGGCAGAUCCUCGACCCCCUGCAGAGGAAGCUGGACCGAUUCAGUCUGGAGGCGCCGACAGACACGGAAGAGGACAUCCAACUCCGCCCAAUGCUGGAGCACUGCAACUCCGACAACCUCACUGUGUGGCUGGGGGUGCUGUUCGGCUACAAGGGGAUCCUACUCAUAUUUGGGAUCUUUCUGGCGUAUGAGACACGCAGUGUCAAACUCAAGCAGGUCAACGACUCCCGCUUUGUCGGCAUGGCAAUCUAUAAUGUUGUUGUUCUAUGCGUCAUCACGGCACCAAUCAGCCUCAUCAUUGGCAACCAGGAAAAUGCCACAUUUGCAUUUGUUGCGCUGGCCAUCGUCUUGUGCAGCUUCCUCUCCAUGGGCCUCAUCUUUGCACCCAAGAUGAUUGAGAUUGUCCGCAACCCACAACGUAACGGACAGGAAGUGAGAUCACUGACUGACUCACUGGUGAGUCGCGAGGAGGAAGAGAGACAUCAGAGGCUGUUGGUGGAGAACGAACAACUCAAGAAACAGAUUGCAGAGAUGGAGGACCGAGUCCGGGAGCUGAACCUUAGACUCCAGGAGAAAACACAACAGCGAGCACAACUCACACAAGGUCAAAGUCAGGUGACUGGUCGUAUCACCGUGGAUACGGGGGAGGUUGAGGUUGAAGCCAAUGAUAUUGGAGCAGAUCGUGAGGUGGGCGAGUCAUCACAUCUACUCGGGAAGGCGUUUGCGGAGGAUGGGAACAUCACCGUAGAUGCAAACUCGGAUUCAGGACUUGCUAGCGGCUCAUUUGCCAAAAGCUCAAAAACAUCGGCAUCAGAUUCAGAGCCAUUUUGUUGAAGGGGAGACAAGGAUACUUCAAACUAAAGCUGAGGUCUUUGUUUUUCUCAAAUUUUUCUAAUCCCUUAGAGUACGUAAGUAGAGGCGUUGGAGGUUGUUAUGAUGUCUUCAACUGUAGUGUCACGUGACCUCAACACAUCACACUGGAAUUCCCUAUGUGACAUCACCCCUGUUGUUGUUGGUUUUUUGCGAAAAAAAAUAAUAGUCUUGGUUCUCAGGAAUCCCCCCGCAUCAUAAUAUAGUCUGCUGCACUUUACAAUUUUAAUUCAUUUAAUUUUUUUUUUGUAAAUCCUAAUACUUAAAAACAAUGCGAUCCAAAAUAGCACGCAAUUCCUUCCCUUUACAUGCACACUGCUUUACUGCUCAUCUCGUGUUAUGGUCAUGGCGGCAAUAGGAGUUAGUAUGCUUGGUUAUGUAGGGAGGCCUUUCCCAGGUUGAUGGUACACAAGUGUUUAUGUGGUUACAUACUAGUUUGAACAAGCAAAAAAAAAAACACAGCCCGCCCUCACGAUAUUUUCAGAAUCAUUGCCUGAGAACCUUUCUUUUAUUUUUUUAAGCCUUACAGACAUCUUUAAGUCAUGACAGCUUCAUUUUAUGACUUAUAUUUAAUGACAGGUGUAUGUCUAUACUCUCUCCUUGUGAUCACUGCCACUGGUCGGUCAGAGAUGACAAUUCGUAGCAGAUUACUCAGUCCAUUCCACAAAUUCCAUACCUUCUCAUCCAUUUCCAAUCUCAUUAAAAUCAGAUCUUAGUUCUCGCUACCGCUAAACAAAGAUCUGAGGACAUCCCAUUACGGGUCAUGUCAGACCCACCUUUCGCGAAC